UCAAUGUGAGCAAGACAAAGGGGCUGAUCGUGGGACUAUAGGAAAAGGAGGGCUGAACAGGCCCCCAUUAUUGUCUAUGCUCAUACCAUCAUGGGAACCAAAUCAUCUCCAGCUUCAUCUCCUCUCGUCCCCCUUGUAACUCUUUUCGCCAGGUCGUUGCUUUGUAAAAUAAGGGUAAAUAACUUUGCAUUGGAAAUAAAUAUGAUAUCUGGUAUUGAACAUGUAUUUUUUAGGUGCGAAAAUAACUGCAACAUUCAGAACCUUUCACCCUCCAAAAUAAACACACAUUAUGAUCAGUUGUAAUGUGAUCAAAAACGUGAGGAAAAGUUGUUCAUGUUCUUGCGAAAGGGUCUCGGGUAAUGAUUAACAAUUGUUCAGCCAACCACAUCUCUGCAUUUGGAACCGCCUACCCAAGAAUGGCACACUCAAUUAGUGGCGCAUGUCCCGUAACCCCGGGUGAGUGGAUGUCUCACUUAAUAAGACCAAUUGAAUGAUCUAAAGUGAUGUAAACUCCCUGCAAACGGGGCACCGGGACAUGCAAAACGAACUUGACCAGUUCCUCCGUUCCUUUCUACAGCCCAAACCAAUGAGAAAAAGUUUUCAUAGGUGGGAGCAAACAACAGUGGGGAUAACAAUCGUGGGGCGACAGUUUACUUUAGCUUCUAAACAAUAUCAACAAUUCAAAAUACGGUUACUGUUGUUCUAUCAACCAACAGUAAGCCGAGGGAUUCUCCCUUAUCUUCCUGGAGAAAGUAAUUUGUGUCGCCCUUGGAGGUAUUCCCAGCUUUCUGAAGCAGUAGGGGAUGGACGAAGUGCGGCCUACCAGCGGACCAGCAGCCUCCGCCCUGGCGUCACUCUUCCCCCCGGGUCUGCAGGCAAUCUACGGGGAAUGCAGGCGCCUCUACCCCGACCAGGCCAACCCCUUACAAGUUACAGCCAUUGUAAAAUACUGGUUGGGAGGUCCUGAUCCAUUGGACUACAUCAGUAUGUACCGUAACAUGGGCUGUGCAGCGCAGGACGUACAGGAACACUGGCACUACAUCAGCUUCGGACUCAGUGACCUGUAUGGAGACAACAGAGUACAUGAGUUUACAGGCCAGGAAGGCCCCAGUGGCUUUGGCUUUGAGCUGACGUUCAGGCUGAAGAGAGAGGUGGGAGAAACAGCCCCUCCUACUUGGCCGGCUGAACUCAUGCAGGGCCUGGCCCGCUAUGUCUUCCAAUCAGAAAACACGUUUUGCAGUGGAGACCACAUAUCGUGGCACAGUCCCCUGGACAACAGUGAGUCUCGUAUCCAACACAUGCUACUCACUGAAGACCCCCGGAUGACUCCGGUCCACACCCCCUUCGGCCUGGUCAACUUCCUGCAGAUUGUGGGUGUGUGUACAGAAGAGUUGCAGGCGGCCCAGCAGUGGAACGGCCAAGGAAUGCUGGAGCUGCUCCGAGGGGUCCAUGUUGCUGGAGGGCCCUGGUUGAUAACUGACAUGAGGAGAGGAGAGACCAUCUUUGACAUCGACCCUCAUUUACAACCGGAGCGUGUGGACCAGGGUAUAGAGACAGAGGGCUCCAACCUGAGCGGCGUGAGCGCCAAGUGUGUGUGGGAUGACCUCAGCCGACCGCCCGAGGAUGAAGAGGACAGCCGCUCAAUCUGUAUAGGAUCUCAGCCACGAAGACUGUCGGAAAAAGAUACAGAGCAGAUCAGAGAAGCCCUGAGAAAAGGAUUGGAGUUCAACACUAAAGCAGCACUACCCCCUAUCAACUCACAGAGACAAGGACAUGACAGGCCUCAGAGUCGUAAGGACAGUCUGGAGAGUGAGAGUUCAGCGGCCAUCGUUCCUCACGAGCUAGUUCGUACCAGACAACUGGAAAGUGUUCAUCUGAAAUUCAACCAGGAGUCAGGAACACUGCUGCCCCUCUGUCUCAGGGGUCGUUUGCUCCAUGGUAGACACUUCACCUAUAAGAGUAUAAAUGGAGACACAGCCAUCACCUUCGUAUCCACCGGAGUAGAGGGGGCCUUUGCUACUGAGGAACACCCGUAUGCCGCACAUGGACCCUGGCUACAGAUAUUGCUGACUGAGGAGUUUGUUGAACAGAUGCUUGGAGAUCUAUCGGAGCUCAACACUCGAGAGGAGACCAAGUUACCGAAGGAAUACAGCUGGCCAGAAAAGAAACUGAAGAUCUCGGUCCUUCCUGACUCUGUGUUUGACAGCCCUCUGCAGUGAGACUUGGACCCACUCCUCUCUACAGAAUACUCUGGACCUGUUCACUCAGACUUUAAAUGGUCAUGUUCAGUAGGUCACAUCGUUGCAAAGCAUUUCCCAACAGAAGUUCAGGUAGUACCUGUAAGUUGUCUUCCAUUUUACUGAACACAACCCUGCUCUGUUCCAUGGGCUCUGGUCUGCCUUCUAGCCCAAAGUGAGAACACCUGACCUCCACCUGAUCUCUUUGUCACAUCUGCUACCAAUUUCUACUGCGUUUUUCUAACCUUGUAGAAACGCCUGGAGAUGUUCCGGAAACCUGUUUCUCCAGAUAGCUGCCUUGCUAGAUGAUACAUAGUUGCUAUGUCUUGUGAAUGGGUACAAUUUCUAGUUAGGAUGUGACAUCCCACUAGACUCAAUGUUUGUAGCACAGGCAAAAAUGCAGGGUCAGUUCAUUUAGUUCAAGGAUUCUGUUUUUUUGGUUUUCUAGGGCCACAUUCCAUUUGAAGUGUUCUCUUAAAAGGCAUAUGUGUUUAUUUGUUGUUUAAGUGCUGGACAUUUGCUUAAUGUGUUAUAAAGUGUAUCUAUGGUCAAGCCAAAGGUGCUACCAGUUUCCCAUGAGGUUUGUAUCGGACAAGAUGUUGUGGAAUUUAGACAACUCUAUUCAGUGUCGACCUCUGUGCAAAUCUGAAAUGGUGCCUUCUUCCCUAUAUAGUUUAUUUUGGCCAGAGCCUUAUGAGGGGUAUAUAGGGCAGGGGUCUUCAAACGGGUCCACAGCAUGCAGGCACUGCAGGGUCUGUUCAUUUAAAAAAAAAAAAACACAUUUAUUACAAUGUUUUUGUGAAUAUCCAUGUACCGGGAAAGUGCCGAUGGCUACUGGUAAGGUUUCUUGACGUGGACGUCAAUUUUUGCAAAAAUGUGUUGGCCUACUAGCUAUUAAGGUAAUUCCGAUGUUAGUGUACACUUCCUCUUCCAAUUAUAAUUGGGGAGGUCAAAUGAAUAUCUCCCAGAUCAAUUUUUUUAUUUUACCUCUCCUUGCCAUUUAUUAUACACAUUAUCAUUUUUUGCUAACAUAUGAUGGGGGUCUCUGGGUCGCUGGAUUGCCUGGGCGGGGGUCCCUGGGAAAAAAGUUUGAAGCCCCUUGGCAUAUGGUGUAAUUUGGGAUACAGACAAUCAAACCACAUGAUCCUCUCAUUCUAUUGUGUCCUGUCAAAUCUGUCCCCCUGUGCCAAGAGCCUGAUUAUUUUACAGAGUAAUAUUUUGUGUAUGAAAUGUUUUACUGUUAAUUUUAUGAAAUAUAUCUGAAGCUCUACAAUGACUGUUAACUACUAUUAGAGGAAAGAUUGUGUUUGUAAGAGUUUAUAGGCCUGUCAGAGAGUGAAAUGUUGGAAAGUGUUUCAGAGAACUCCCCAUGUGUCCACAAAUAAAGUUAGUCUGACAUUUUCACUGAUGAACAUUUACUGCAUUGUGUUUCCUGUCCCUGGUUGCAUCAGAUUUUUGUUUGAUAGAACUGACGUCAGUGCCUCUGUGUUUUUAGGAAGCCACUAGAACUUGUCAGAGCCUAGGUCCACGACACAUUUUAUAUCACCACUUUCUUCACAGAAACAUGUUCUUUCCUUCACUGUCACAAUGUGUGUCAACUGUUGCAUGAAUAUAUUGUUUUGCUAUGGUAGAAACAGAACCAGAGUCAGUCUGCCAUGGCCUUGAAAUGUAUAGGCUCCAUGCAUUGUAUAGACUGUAUCCACUUUCAACCGCUCCUGUAUUUGAAUAUAUAUCAGUUUCAAUCAAGGACCUCUGUCUUUAUACACAUACAGCAUCCCAGAUAUCUGUUAUGCCAUGACUGCAUUCCAUAGCUAGUUAGUCAAGAACAGGAGCUGACUCCUUUUUUUUCUAUACCUGUUCACAUGUAUUCUACCGUGUCUUUUUUUAUUCCGAUUGGGAUUUAUUUUUGUGUGUGGUCUUUAUAAUACUGUUUAUUGUUAUUUUAUGAUGAAUGAAGGAAUCACUAAACUGCCUGUUUCUGUAAUCACACGUGCAUUAAACAGAAAUCGACAUUCA